CUCGAGAUACUCGGCGAUCAGAGAUGAAGUUCUUGGUUGUGGUAGCAGCGGUGGUGGCGUGCGCUGGCGCUCGCUCCAUCAACGCCGGUUGGGUCCUUCCGCCAGGCAACAUCGGCACCUCGGGCAUCCUGCGCAAGGAUGGCUCCACCGAUCUCUUUAGCCAUGACUUCGCCCACAACAUCGCCGAGAUUGGUCCUUCCGGCAUCGUCCUGAAGAGCGGCCAGCCCAUCCAACUGGACGCCAACCUCAGGAUGGUGGGCCGCUCCAAGCGCUCCUCCGGCGCUGGAUACGUCCUUCCCGCUGGCAACCUCGGCCACUCCGGAAUCGUGCGCAAGGACGGCACCGUCGAUCUCUUCAACUUCGACUUCGCCCACAACAUCGCCGAGAUUGGUCCUUCCGGCAUCGUCCUGAAGAGCGGCCAGCCCAUCCAACUGGACACCAACCUCAGGAUGGUGGGCCGCUCCAAGCGCCACAUCAUGAACGACUCCGGCAUGCUGACCUCGUGGGGGCAGGCCAUUGUGUUCCGGGAGCCCUUCACCACCAUCCUCCUCGACGGCCCGGCCGGAAUGGUGCUCUCCGACGGCCAGCUCAUCCAAAAGCCCGCUCAGUAAACGCGAUUUUCAUUGUUCAAGAUUUCUCACUUUGUCUACCGAUUGUAAUAAGUAAAAUUGAACAGAAG